AUGGAUGACUUGCUCUCCAAUCUCUCACCCGAGGUUUAUCAUGCUCUCAUGACAGAAAUGCGAAACGAAAUGGGUGAUCACGGUCUACACAACUACACAGAACAAGCCACUGCCUUUCAACCUCCAACUACAAAUCAAGUUUCCAAGGAAAGAUUUACACGAGCAGCCAUUCUCAAACAUCAUUCAACAGCAUUGAUUAAAUAUCGACCAUCGGAAGGGGAUGUUUGUGCAUGGAAGGAUAGAGGACAAGUGUGGAAAGGUCAGGUUGUGAAAGAUUUGGAAAUUGUAAAGGGAAUGGAAUUGAUUCAGAUUGAACAAUUGAAACUCUCACCAAAUAAUUCACCAAAUCAUCCAAAUAGAGGGAAAUAUUUAUUUGCUAGAAUUUGUCAACCAGUGUUUAGAAUGACAUCAGUGAUGACUAUUGUAGAAAAUGGGUUGACUGAUUUAAAUACUAAUAUUGUUCAAUUAGCUAUUUACAAUUAUGGAAAAGUUAAUAUAUCUGAAGAGUUUAGAGUUGGUAGAUAUGUCAUUAUUAAGAAUCCAUAUUACAAAAUCUAUUCGGAUGAAUGGCCAGGAUUGAGAAUUGACAAUCCUAAUGAAUUGUUUUUUGUGGAUGAUCAGAAAAUUAUUUCACAACUGAAAGAAUCUCACAAACAAAAAGUAGAAGAGUUGACUGAACCUCCAAAAUGGAAAAUUAUUGUAACAGAUUAUGUAAUGACAGAAAGAGUUUUACAUUCUGGAUUUAUUUACAAUGAUUCUUCAAUUUUCUAUUGGGGAGGUAUUUCUCAUACAGAAAAGGAUUUGAUUUCUCGACAAAUGAGUGAAACUUUUGGUGAAUUAAUCAUGUUGGAUACUUACUCGAAUAUACUUAUUACUCCAGUGGUUAGUGGAGAAAUUCCUGAAGCUGGAAGAAGAAAUGGACAUGUUUUCAUUUCUGAUUUUGAGGAAAAGUAUGCUUAUUUAAUUGGUGGAGGAGAUGAUGGAGUUAAUGAUGGAUCCUUUCGACUCUGUUUAAAGACAUUCGAAUGGAAAAAGUUAAAAUUCAAGUUUAAUUUGGUUCUUUCAUGUGCAGCAAGUGUUCCUGGAUUUAUUUACAUUUAUGGAGGUAGACAGUAUUCAGGUGAAUUAUGUAAAAAUGUUGGAACCUUUUUCAGAUAUGAUAUCAAGAAUGAAAAGCUUCAAAAAUUGAACAUUUCCAAACCUUGUCCUUCAGACAAAUCAAAAUCUUGCAUGACUAGUAUUUGCAAUGGAAAAUAUUUGAUUUUAUAUGGUGGAGAUGGAUCAAGAUUGGAUUCUUUGAACGAUAUGUGGCUAUUUGAUUGUUCUUCUCUCGAAUGGAUUGAAAUUUCUAACAUUUCCAAGACUAAACCACCUCCAAUGACUCACUGUGGUUGGUCUAAAGUGAAAAUCAAUGGAAAGGACAGGGCUUUAGUGUUUUAUGGGGGUACAGGAAUGAAUGGAGUGGCAAGUAAUGAAAUUUGGUCACUCGACUUGAAUACAUUCAAUUGGGAAAAGGUUCUGACUACUUCAAAGAAUAUGGAAGCAUUAACUGGAUAUUGUAAUCAUGUUUCAAAAAUGAGAUUGUAUGUUUAUGGAGGAAUGGAUAGAUUGAAAAAAUUAAGCAACAAGAUUUAUUGCUUUGAUUUGAGAUAUCACUUUAGAAAUUUGAAGGAUAAUUUGGAAUUGUAUGAUUGGCAAUGUGUGGAAUGUCAAAAAUACACAACACAAAAGACCAAAUGUGGAAAGUUUUCAUGUUGCUCUGGUAAAUGUGAGGAAAAUUAUAGCAAAAAACAUCCAGAACCUGUUAAAGAUAUUCCACAACAGAAAAUUCCUGAACAAUCAAUGAAAGAAAUUAAAGAAUCAUCAAGUGAAUCAUUAAGAGAAGUGGAAUUAAGAGAACAAGUGGAAUUGUUACAAUUUGCAUUGAAAAGAAAAACAAAUACAAUGCACCAGCUCAUCGACCAAGUCUCUGAAAUGGAUAAUUUGAAGAAAACUCUUUCAGACAGAGAAUUUCAAGUUCAGAAUUUGGAGAUUUCAGUAAAGGAUUUGACACUUGAACUCAAUCGAUCCAAGUUCAAUUUAGAAAAUAUAUCCAAAGAGUUGAUCACAUCCAAUUUAAAGUAUGAAAAGAGAAUGGAAAUUUUACACCAAGAAAAAUCACGAUUGGAAAAUGAAAAUAGACAAUUCGAAAGGAAAGUUAAGGAAAUUGAUUCAAAGAAAAGUCAACAAGUGGAAAAGAAAGUUCAACAAUUAGAAACUAAACUUAAUGAAAUGACCCAAUCUAACAAGCAAUUAGAUUUGGAAAAGGAAAAUCUCAAGAAAAAGACUGUAGAACAAUCGAAUAUCAUUCAAAAUCUUCGACUCUCCAACACUAAUCUCGAACAACAAGUUUUAAAACUUAAUAGGGAAUGUACUCAAUUGGAAACUCAAACUCAUCAAUUUUUAUGUGACUUGGAGGAGAAGGAAAAGGAAAAUCAAGAUUUGAUUGGAAAACUUGCUAAAUAUUAUGAAGAUUUAGAAUCACAAGAACCCAAAGUCAAUAAUCAUGAACAUUUACAUCAACAAGAACUAUUUGAAUGUAUUAUUUGUAUGGAUAAUAAGGUAGAUCAUGUGAGUGUUCCGUGUGGACACUUAUUUUGUUUGGAUUGUAUUUCCAAUCAAGUCAAUUGUCCAACAUGUCGAGGAAAGAUUGAAUCCAAGGUAAAAAUUUUCCUAAACUAG